AUGAUGACGGAGACCACGAGCAUUAUUACAUCACAACUUGCACCUGGCCAGACCGAAUUGAUUCUUCCCAAUGGCUACCAGGUUCAGAUCAUUGACUCAUAUGCUGAUAUUGUCGGUUCCCAUUCAAAUAUGGUCAAGAAGUACCAAUAUGCCGCGUUGAUACGAGAAGAGCACCAGCUUCUCGUCUGGAACGAUGAUCUGAAUGCUAUCCUCAACCACGCUGCCGAUGUAGAGAGCAAGUUGUUAUCUUUGAUAUGGGGAAGUCCCAUCCCAACAUUCAACCUUCAGGCGUUACCCGUGAUGACACCCGGAGAAUCAGUCGUGGCGUCGCCCAGCGAUUCAUUAUAUCAUCUGGCUCUCGAUUCGAGAGAGUCACCAGCUGCAGCAGACGAAUCUGGUACAUCUCGCGAUGCUUCCCCCAGAAGAAUGAUAAAUGAGGAAGUCAAGCGCCCGAAGGAGUCACUAGAACGGCCACUGGCAGUAACUAGUGCGAUCUUUGUUGGAAUGGCUGGAAUGCUUCUUGUCAUUCUCCUUCUUGGAUUUGGCAUCUCUAAUCUGCUUUUGGAAUACUCGGUUGAUGGGGGUGCAAUGCGAUUUGCACUAACGGCGACGAUACCAUUUUUCCUCUUGUUCAGUAUAUUUUUCAUGAUUGUCAUCUUCACAGAUAUUUUCCAAGCGGUCGGACCAGUCAAGACGCUAAAAAGUAAUUCGCGUUUCUACUCUCCGAUUGCCCCGGACCUCAAAAUGGCAUAUUCCCUCGGCUUUACGCCGCCGCGUGUCACCAUUCAAAUGCCCAUCUAUACCGAGUCGCUCGAAGGUGUUAUCAAGCCUACCAUCAGUAGUUUGAAGACAGCAAUAUCUCACUAUGAGUCACAUGGAGGUACUGCGAACAUCUUUAUCAAUGACGAUGGCUUUGCCUUGCUCUCGGAAGAAGAAAAGCAUGACCGAAUCAACUUCUAUCAUGACAACAACAUCGGCUGGGUUGCCCGACCUAAAAACAACGAGGACGGUUACGUUCGAAAGGGAAAAUUCAAAAAAGCUUCCAACAUGAAUUUUGCCUUGAAUGUCUCGAAUAAAGUAGAAAUGGAGCUUAUUCAGCGUAUGACUCCAACGUUGGAAAAGUCUGAUAUGGUUGAUCCUAUGGAGGAAGAGUUGAUUUAUCGGGAGGCUUUCAAUCACGUUAUCCAAUCUGACCCUCGCAUCCGUGGAGCUGGUGGCGAUAUUCGUGUGGGAGAAUUCAUUUUGAUAGUCGACUCAGAUACUCGAAUACCCGCCGACUGCCUUCUUUACGGUGCGGCCGAGAUGUUUUUGAGCCCCGAGGUCGCCAUUAUCCAGCAUUCUACUAGCGUGAUGCAAGUUUCACAAGAUUAUUUCGAGAACGGUAUCACUUACUUCACCAACCUUAUCUACUCAGCGAUCCGUUUUGCAGUUGGGAGUGGUGAAACUGCUCCCUUUGUUGGUCACAAUGCCUUUCUUCGAUGGCAAGCUGUUCAAUCCGUCGGCCGGCCAGAUGAUGGAUACGUCAGUUUCUGGUCCGAAAGCCAUGUAUCAGAAGACUUCGAUAUCGCGCUACGUCUCCAGAUUCAAGGGAACGUAAUUCGCUUGGCUAGCUAUCAUAAUGACGAGUUUAAGGAAGGCGUUUCUCUUACAAUAUAUGACGAGCUGUCACGUUGGGAAAAAUAUGCCUAUGGAUGCAAUGAAUUAGUCUUUAACCCCGUCCAUACAUGGUUUUAUAGGGGUCCCCUGACCAAGCUGUUCAUGACUUUCUUAUGGUCCAACCUUCAACUAUCGUCCAAGAUUACCAUCUUAGGAUACAUUUCAUCGUACUAUGCUUUAGCUUCUGGAUUCCCCUUGACUGUGCUCAAUUACUUCCUCGUCGGCUGGUUUGAAGGUUACUUGGAUAAGUUCUACAUGGAGUCAUGGAAAGUUUUUCUCAGUUUGCUGGUCGUAUUCUCCGCAGCCGGAAAUGUCUGCCUAGCCAUGAUUCGAUACCGCCUUGGAGAGAAGCCGUUGCUGUCGUCCCUUGUUGAGAAUUUCAUGUGGAUGCCCAUGUUCGCCAUUUUCUUUGGUGGACUUUCCUUCCAUCUGAGCCUAGCGAUUCUAUCUCACAUGUUUGGUAUCAACAUGUCUUGGGGCACCACGGCAAAGGAAAAAGAUGAUUCAAACUUCUUCAAAGAAGUCCCCAAAAUCUUCAAGAGCUUCAAAUGGAUGUACGCUGUUGUGCUACCAUUCUUCCCUGCUAUGAUCUACUUGGCCUGUUUUGCACCCCACGGCUGGACAAUUACGGAAGUUGGUGCUAUUGCGCGAGCCUUUUCUGCAGCUAUCACGCCAUGCUCAUUCUCACCACAAGGCCCGACGAGGAUUUCCUCAGCGGAAUGGCUUCGCACGGCUUUCCACGACAUGGCUCCCGGUAACGUCUUCACUGGGGUCGGUGGUUUAGAUGCAUCUUUGCAGUAUGAGUUGGGAGGAGAUGGUGGUGAGAACAUUGGAACUGCAUUUAAUACGACUCUACUUUCCUUCACACCAUUUUUUUCUUCUCGCGCGUCGCUGGCCGAUAUCAUUGCAUUGGGUGUAUAUGCAUCCGUCCGGGUUUGCGACGGCCCUAUCAUCCCGAUUCGGACAGGACGCGUGGAUGCCACUGCAGCUGGACCGAUAGGAGUGCCGUUACCACAAAAUUCACAGUAUACUUUCAUUCAGCAAUUCUCGCGGAUGGGAUUCAAUGUGUCGGAAAUGAUUGCCCUGACAGCUUGCGGUCACACUAUCGGUGGUGUUCACGCUGGGAACUUCCCUGAGGUGCUUCAGUCAGGGACCGUUCCCAAUGACUACCAGCACUUUGAUUCCACGACAAUAUUUGAUGAGAAGAUCGCCUCUGAGUAUAUCGGUGGAAACACCUCAGAUCCUCUGGCUGGGCCCUUGGCAAUAAAGAAUACAUACGACUCAGACAUAUCGGUAUUUACCGCGGAUGACAACGCUACAAUCAGUCUUAUGGCCGACCCGACAUACUUUCAAUCCCGCUGUCAAGUGAUGCUCCAGCGAAUGAUCGAGGUUGUACCGCCUGGGGUUCUCCUCACGGACCCAAUUGCUCCAUAUGAGGUCAAACCGAGUAACCUACAAUUGACAAUACAGCCAGGUGGAACUCAGCUUCAAUUUACUGGUGACAUCCGUGUCCGAACAACCGACCUCAGUGGUACUAUUUCGAAUGUUCAGCUCGUAUAUGUUGACCGCAACGGCGCGUCCACUUGUGGAUCCUGUGUUAUUAGCACACAGUAUGCUGGAACGGCGAAUGGCUUUGAUGAUUCUUUUACUUUCUAUAGCUUUUCCUCAACAUUGUCGGCGACGACUUCAAUUUCGGCAUUCAUUGUACAGGUCACAGCGGGCGGUAAAACAGUGACAUAUAAUAAUAAUGGUGAUGGAUAUCCAAUCCAAGAUAAUAUUUUGUUUCAGAGUCCUCAGAGUUGCAUCGCAAACUCAUCUGACAGUAACGGAAAUUACAAAAUGACAAUCACGGCCGCGGUCCGCAACACAACCACGUCGGAAUCUGCAACACUUUCUGUGGAGAUGAAGACACCUCGAUCCUGCUGUGUCGUGCCAGGUUUAUCCACUAUUAAUGUGACGAUGGAAAAUACAGCAACAAUUGGGGCCUACAGCUUGUAUAUCGGGACUUAUGAUCUGACACCUGACCAGAUUACGACAUCCAAAUUUGGUGUCUCUGUUGGGCCCUACUCCGAUAGUUUCAAAAACACCGCAUUAACUGGUUCCUGCACAAUACUGAGUGGUUCUAAUCCAGUAGCGUAUGGCUAUCUUGGCUGCUACACCGAUAACGUGAACUCUAGAACCUUGUCGGCCGCGACUAAUAGCGAUAAUAACAUGACACUCUCAGAGUGUUCAAAAUUCUGCAGUGGCUAUCAGUAUUUUGGAGCCGAAUAUACAACGCAGUGUUUUUGCGGCACUACUCUGGGCAGUUCGGGUACAGAGGCUGCGGAGACAGAUUGCAACAUGCCUUGUGGAGGAGACAGCACAGAAACAUGUGGUGGGCCAAAUAGGCUAUCUGUCUACACGAACAACAACUAUGUAACUCCAGGUGGAGCUACGAUACCGGGCUACAAAUAUCUGGGCUGUUACAAUGACACGGCCGCUGCUCGCAGUCUUUCUGGCACAUACACAUAUAGCAACAACAUGACAGUAGAAGCCUGUGCUGCUUUUUGCAAUGGCGCCAAUUAUUUUGGUGUAGAGUACUACGAUGAAUGCUACUGUGGGAAUACCCUUGCAGUUGAUAGCGUCAAUCAGCCAGCUGGAUCUCUACCAACUGGGUUCAGCUACUGUCACGACAAGUUCAAGUCCAAUCUCUUCCAGUACCCAACCAGCAUCUAUAGCGUCCCUGUCUACAUCUGCCACUAUCCCAACAACAAGCACAACUGUUUCAACCAGCGCAGUAGUCUCAUCGUCGUCUACGACGGCAUCCAUCACCAAUUCAGCUACCACGAGCUCUUUAAGUCCAGUUACAUCGAGCAGUACGUCAACUACCGAUCCUCCAUCAUCUUCUACAACUGUMCCUGCCACUCUCUCAGUUACAUCAAGCACAUCUUUAUCUGCCAGCGCAACUACUACCACACCAUUUGUGCUCGGGUACUUCAGAACGAGGGAAUCGUUCAAGGUGGACCCUCGAAUAUGACCGUAGAAAAUUGUGAGGUCGCGUGUCUCGCUGCGGGCUAUAUACUAGCGGGUGUUGAGUACUCUGGAGAAUGUUAUUGUGAUAGCAAAAUUCGCAAUGGCGGGGCCACUGCAACUGAUGGUUAUGCACAAUGCACCAUGGCUUGCAAUGGUAAUGCAACUGAACAGUGUGGCGGUCCUAAUCGUCUAAACCUUUACCAGUACACUUCACCAUCGACAUCAACCACCGCUGCUUCUAUUGUCACAUCUACAACAGCAGUGGUUAGCACAACAACAAGCGGAACUCUGGGUACCAGUGUCAUCUCCACAAGUACCACCAGUGCUACGACGAGUGCGACUGGAUUACCGAGUGGAUGGGCCUACCAGGGUUGCUAUGUGGACAAUAUUGGUGGCUUGCGUUCUAUGCUUGUCCAAGAAAACGAUAAUUCUACUAUGACCGUCGAAUCCUGCAUUGACCAAUGUUUAUCCCUGGGGUAUACUGUGGCAGGAAUGGAAUAUUCGGACCAAUGCUUUUGUGACGACUACGUGCGGAACAAUGCUUCAUUGGCAAGCUCUGAUUCCCAGUGCGCCAUGACCUGUGCAGGGAAUACUAAUGAAAUCUGCGGAGGACCUAAUCUUCUCAGUGUCUAUUCUAACGCAACUAUAAUAGUUCUACCACCUCCUACAGUGCAAACAACCAAUCUACCUGGAUCCUGGGUGUAUAAGGGUUGUCUUCAGGACAACGUCAAUAACACCCGAACAUUUCCUUACCAGAUUACUUACACUACAAACAACUCGGCGACUACCUGUCUUUCCCGUUGUCAAGAGUACGGGUUUCAGGCGGCCGGUAUGGAGUAUGGUGAACAGUGUUUCUGCGGCGAUACCUUCGACAUUGGCGCUGAUGUUCAGAUCGUCCCUGAUUCGCAAUGUGACCUUCUCUGUACCGGUGAUACUAUCCACUAUUGUGGUGCCGGAAACCUCCUUAGUUACUAUGUGUGGGAGGGCGACACUGCCCUGUAUGAGUGGACAUAUGCUACAGGAAAUAACGCUGGUCUUUACCAGUUUCUGAUUGGUGGUGUUGUGGUACCUUUGAUGACGACCGUCAAUAUCAAUGGCAAAGUCACUUUCUUGGAGAAAUGGGGAACUGGGCCGCCAAACACUACUGGUGCCUACGAACUGGAUCUAUUUUAUGAGAAUGAUUUCAAUAGCGCAUGGAGGCCCAUGCACGUAAAGACCGACAUUUUCUGCUCCGCCGGUCUUGUUCUCCCUGAUAAGGCCGGAAGACAACUUACAGUCGGUGGAUGGUCGGGAGUUUCCACCGAAGGAAUCCGACUUUACUGGCCGGAUGGCUCCCCAGGGAAUGCCAGUGUCAAUGACUGGCAGGAAAAUCAGGCCGAACUUUCACUACAGAAUGGUCGUUGGUAUCCUUCUGGUAUGAUAAUGGCCAAUGGCUCCAUCCUUAUUGUUGGUGGUGAGACAGGAUCCAACGGACCGCCAGUGCCUACGCUCGAAAUCCUACCGACAGUUGGCCCCACUCUCUAUAUGGAUUGGCUGGAACGCACCGACCCUAACAAUCUAUACCCAUUUAUGGGAGUCAUGCCUUCCAAAACAAUUCUGGCUGCCUAUUACAAUGAGGCCCGGCUGUUGGAUGAGGCCACGUUCCAGACUAUCCGGACGCUACCAAACAUACCGGGCGCAGUCAAUAACGAUCUCGGGGGACGCACUUAUCCUCUAGAAGGUACCAUGGUGUUCUUUCCUCAGUAUGCUCCAUACACAGAUCCUAUCAGGGUUCUAAUCUGCGGUGGUUCGACUCCUUAUGGCGGCGAUGCUAUUGAUAACUGUGUAUCCAUCGAACCCGACGUUCCAGGACAGAACUGGACAAUCGAACGGAUGCCUUCGAAGCGUGUCAUGACUUGCAUAUCACCUCUUCCGGAUGGCACGUUUCUCAUUUUGAAUGGUGCUCACCAAGGCGUCGCCGGUUUCGGGCUUGCCACUGAUCCCAAUUUUAAUGCUGUCUUAUACGAUCCAGCAAAACCAGUCAACCAGCGUAUGACGGUUAUGGCGAAUACCACCAUUGCUCGGCUCUAUCACUCUGAAGCAAUUCUUCUACCUGAUGGACGUGUACUAGUCUCAGGCUCGGAUCCAGAAGAUGCUACCCACCCUGAAGAAUACCGGGUGGAGGUCUUUAUCCCCCCGUAUCUGCUAUCUGGAGCAACAAGACCAGCAUAUACUAUCACUGAAACUGACUGGGUAUAUGGAGGCAGCUAUACUAUCACAGUGACCGCUGGUAAUGUUGCAAAUCUGAAGAUCUCCCUGAUUGGUCUCAUCUCGAGUACGCACGGAAACAGCUUCGGUCAUCGCACACUCUUUCCAGCCUUUAGCUGCGAGGGUAAUCAAUGUACAAUUACUGCCCCUCCGGACCAGUGGACCUCUCCUCCUGGCUGGUUUCAACUUUUCAUCCUCGAUGGGCCUACUCCUUCCAAAAGCUCCUUCGUUCGGAUCGGAGGUGAUCCCGGCAAACUAGGUGACUGGCCAAAUUUUCCCGACUUCACCGUUCCCGGUGUUUAG